ACAGAAUCUUUGCCCGUCUGACGGCAGAGAGUCUGAAUAAAGAUGCAUGCCAAUGAGAGAAAGGGAAAAGGGCGUGCCCUUGGUGCUGUUUCAGGGGUGAGGAAGCAGAUUUGAAUAACGGGGAGAAAUGUAUUUCUUCCACGCUGAGCGGUUGAUAAUGGCGAAGCCCAAAGGGUAACAGCCUAAGGUGACAUGUCAAUAAUGAGAAGAUCUGUCUUGCCGUUUGACUUCAUCUGUCUGGAUGAGAAGCAGCGAAGAGCGGGGAGUCAUAGAGGAAGCCAGCGCUGCACGUUCACGAGGAGCUCCUGGCUGAGAUCAUUCGCACCAGGAGAAACCAGAGGAACUCUGACAAGCAAGCAAGCUCCUUUCCCCACCCCCUUUAAAUCACCAGCAACGAUGCGCCUGCCUAGCAGCUUUGCAAAGCUUCUGGAGAGGGGUUCUCUUAAUUGCAUAUGACUUUUUUUGGACAAUUUCGGAUGGCUCGAUGAAUUUGGUGACCUACCUAAACAAAGAAAGCUGCUGUGCUUGUUGUUACUUCUGAAAUACACAAUACUUUUUAUCGAGUCAUGUCUUACCCAGAGCUAUGGGCAAGAUCGAUGACAACGAGAGGAUAAUCCUCAACGUUGGGGGAACCAGGCACGAGACGUAUCGGACCACGCUGAAGACUCUGCCAGGCACGCGACUGGCUCUUCUCGCCUCCGAGGCUGACACGGAGUCCGUGCUGGAUCAGCUGCAACAAGUCCCCGGCUUUAUCGAGUACAACCCGAAGAACAACGAAUACUUUUUCGACCGCCACCCGGGCGUUUUCGCCUAUGUCCUCAACUACUACAGGACCGGGAAACUUCACUGUCCGGCAGAUGUCUGCGGUCCUCUCUUCGAAGAAGAGUUGUCUUUCUGGGGUAUCGAUGAGACCGACGUGGAGCCAUGCUGCUGGAUGACCUACCGGCAGCACCGGGAUGCAGAAGAGGCGCUCGAUGUGUUUGACAUAAACGUGGACAAUGGAGAGGGAGAUGAGGACGAGAUAGGUAAACGACUCGGUAUAGAGGACGUGGUGUCAUCCGAUGGCAGUAUCAGCCGCUGGAAAAAGUGGCAGCCAGUGAUUUGGAAUCUAUUUGAAGACCCCUAUUCAUCCAGAGCCGCACGGUUUGUGGCCUUCGCGUCCCUGUUCUUCAUCCUGGUCUCCAUCACCACCUUCUGCCUGGAGACGCACGAGGCCUUCAACACCAUCAUCAACAAGACGGAGCCGGCGCGCAACGACAGCCAGCCGGACCCCGGCCCGCACUACGAGAUCGAGACGGACCCGGCGCUCACCUACGUGGAGGGCGUCUGCGUCCUCUGGUUCACCAUCGAGUUCCUGGUGCGCGUCACCUUCAGCCCGGACAAGCUGGAGUUCGUCAAGAGCGUGCUCAACAUCAUCGACUUCGUGGCCAUCCUGCCCUUCUACCUGGAGGUGGGGCUGAGCGGCCUCUCCUCCAAGGCCGCCAAGGACGUGCUGGGCUUCCUGCGUGUGGUGCGCUUCGUGCGGAUCCUGCGCAUCUUCAAGCUCACCCGCCACUUCGUGGGGCUCCGCGUGCUGGGCCACACGCUCCGCGCCAGCACCAACGAGUUCUUCCUCCUCAUCAUCUUCCUCGCGUUGGGCGUGCUCAUCUUCGCCACCAUGAUCUACUACGCCGAGCGCAUCGGGGCCAGCCCCACCGACCCCACCGCCAGCCACCACACGCAGUUCAAGAACAUCCCCAUCGGCUUCUGGUGGGCGGUGGUCACCAUGACCACGCUGGGCUACGGCGACAUGUACCCGCAGACCUGGUCGGGCAUGCUGGUGGGCGCCCUGUGCGCCCUGGCGGGGGUGCUGACCAUCGCCAUGCCCGUGCCCGUCAUCGUCAACAACUUCGGGAUGUACUACUCGCUGGCCAUGGCCAAACAGAAGCUGCCCAAGAAGAGGAAGAAGCACAUCCCCCAGGGCCCGCAGGCGGGGUCGCCCACCUACUGCAAGCCCGAGCUCAACGCCGCCUGCAACAGCGCCCAGGGCGACGCCUGCCUCAGCCCCGCCAGCCGAACGCUGGAGCGACACAGAUCCGUGCUGUCUGCCGACUGCAGCGGAGGAAGUGACCUCACCAUGUCCCCCGAGGAGCGGCUGCCCAUGCGGCGGUCCAGCACCCGCGACAGGAACCAGAGGGGCGGGGGCACCUGCUUCCUGCUGGCGGCCAGCGAUUACAGCUGCCCCGCCGACGGGGGAAUCCGCAAAUCAGGCUAUGAGAAAUCCCGGAGCUUAAACAACAUAGCGGGCGUGGCCGGCAGUGCUCUGAGACUGUCCCCGGUAACCACGCCCUUCGGCUCCCCCUGCCCGCUGCGGCGGUCCCGCUCUCCAAUCCCGUCCAUCCUGUGAGGACGGGACUCCGCCCCCUUCCCCCCUCUCUCUCCGCGUCCUGCCCCGGGACGCUGGCCCUGCUUUUAUGGGCACUGAUAGCCUAACACGACCCGUGUAUGGAGUAAACUGUGCAUUUUAGGGAGCGAUUACUUUGUGGAUUCGGAUUUUGAUUUGGAUUAAACUCACCCCCCACCCCAUCUUUAGGUGUCGAUAUGAGCAUCAUGUUUAGGGUUAGUUCUUCCCCUUAAAGCCCUUCUUACAGAACUUAAAGGCAAUAAGAAAAAAAAGACUCUCUAGCUGCUCAAGAUAGCGUAGAAAAGCAUUGUAUUUAAUCAGGGAGAUCGUGUGCAGGUAGUGAACAAAAUAAACGGACACUGUAGUGUCGACAUCAUUCGGCUCAGUGCAGUGUGUACGCAGUGAGAAUGCCGGCCUCUGGAAUUCUGCGGGAGGAACGCUACACCGUUCUUCCGUGAGAAAGCAGAUCGGCUCACGCUCAGUCGCUCGGGCUCCGUUCCAUAAUAUCCCGUAUAAAAGAUUUGGGUUUGGAUCUGGUGGCCGACUGAAGGCUUGCUGUCUGUGGACUGGGGCGCUGCAGUCUUGGAGGAAGCUCAUCUCUGCAGGGUAGAAGUGCUUUAACGUGGGAUGAAAAGUGAAUGCUCACUUUGUACCAGUUAGCAACGAUUGACGUUGGCCUUGCCUUCUAGGGGUAGGAGCGCACCCAAACCUUGGCAGGAUCAUGCACCCCUCUCCAUCAGGGGAACACCAGAGCCCUUCGUAGAUGGAACACUGCUGCAUUUCCCAGUUUUUGUUCAAUACCUGUACAUAGCUUUAUUUAGAUUACAGAAAGAUGUGCUUCCAAAAAAAGAUCAAUUAUCAAUCACCAUUACCAUCGGACCUCACGUCUGGGACUUCUCACUAUCUGUUUCUAUUUUUAUUACAUUUUUUCAACCCGGAGAUGUCCCUGGAGCCUUGUCUCGAUUCACGCACACGCCCCCCCCACCCCCC